GGGACGUUGGCGCGAGCCAAGUUUGAAUCUCCUCGUGAGGUAAAACGGACUCAACGGCUCGCUCGGUGGGGGAACUUGGAAACUUCACGAAGAAAAGCGUCUUUAAACUCUGUUUUACUGAAGAGGAGCAGUUUUAUUUACGCAGUAACGACAAAGAGUUGCCAUGGCAUCCACCGCGCUAGCGGAAGACCUGUCCUGUCCUGUGAGCUACGACAUCUUCAGGAGUCCCGUAGUUCUCUCAUGUAGCCACAGCUUCUGUAAAACCUGCCUGGAGAUGUGCUGGAGGACGAAGGAAGGUAGAGACUGUCCUCUGUGCAGGAAGAGAUCCUCCGAGCCUCUUUGUAACCUCGUUUUGAAGAACCUCUGUGAGUCUUUCUCAAAAGAGAGCGAGAACGGAGUUACAGCAGAGUCCACACAGCUGUAGUUCACACAGGGAGCAGCUCCAACUCUUCUGCAUGUAUGAGGAGCAGCUUGCGUGUGUAAUUUGCCAGACUUCUAGAAAACACAGGAACCACAGCUUCGUUCCAGCUGAUGAAGCAGCUCAUGAUACGAGGGUUGAUCCCAAGGCUGCAUUGAAGAUCCUGAAGGAGAAGUUGCAGGACUUUAAGCAAGCUAAAGAAACCUGUGAUCAAGAAAUUCAGCACAUUAUAACGCAGGCCAAACAUGCUGAGAAACAGAUUAAGAAACACUGUGAAACCCUUCACCAGUUCCUACGGAAUGAAGAAGCAACCAGGAUAGCUAUAUCUCCAUGACAUAAUUUCUGUGAUUUUCUAUGUGAUUUAAAUAUUUUGAUUAGUUAAUUGGGGGUACAUUUUUCUCUUUCUCUCCCUGAUCUAUCUUUAGAAUAUCAA